AAGAUGGCGACGGCCACAAUGCCGAACUCGAGGCUUCAAAUCGUCCACAAACCACUGAGAGACGUCACAACGUCCUCUUCUUACACUCAGUCUUAAAAAGCUCUCUCCUGUUUUCCUGCAGAAAACGUCCCGGUGGAGCUCCGGGAGCCGCUCUACAAGGACCAGUAUGAACAGGAGCACCUGAAGCCGGCCGUCUCCACGCUCCUCCUCUCGCCGGAGAGCUACUGCAGAGCUCAGGCACUGCUGGCUCAGGCGCACGGGGUCUCUCUGCCGGCGGCGCAGGGGCCCCCGGCGGACAACUCGGCUCUGCUGCAGCUCCUCAUGAAGAAAGGUUUAACUCCGAAGGUCCAGGACGGAGACGUCACCAAGGACGACCUCAGCUUCAUCCCCAUCAAGACGAGUUCAUCUUUGCUGUCCUGGGUGAAAUGUGUUGAGUUAAAUCGCGUCGUCUUGCAGAAGGCCCACCUCGCCCUCAUCGACGCCCUGAUGACGCUGGCGGCCAGAGAGGCAGUGGGCAGCGUGACGAUGGCGGCGGAGGCGGAGCAGACGGGCGUCGGGGCUCCGUGGGAGAACGCUCUGCUCUUCUGGGUCAACAGGCUGAACCAGAAGUUGAGAGAAACCACAGACGAAGAAGAGCCCACCAAGUCUCAGACAUGUACAGACCUGCAGACGGCUCAGGACACGUGUCAAUCCAACCGCUGGUACUGGAAGCUAGUCCCCCAUGCUAUCGCUUUUUGUUUGAAGGAGUCGGGGAAUAAACCGCCAGUGGUAACGUAUAACGCCUCCUCCUCCUCUUCCUAAUCCUCACCCCCCUCCUCCUCCUCCCUCCUCACCCCCCUCGUCUCCCGUAUAUUGACCAGACUCGACCGACCAAUCGCCACACCCGUCCCACGCUGUCGACCAAUGACUGACUUAGUUUGCACACUGAUCACUAUUCUAACCCCGAGGUUGUUUAUUCAUGUUUCAGGGCGGCGUUUCUGUUAUUGUUCUUUAUAUUUGUGCACAUUAACGGAAUGAUUCACUUCAUUUAUUAUCUGAUUCUCUGUGUGUGUGUGUCUGUGCGUGUGUGUGUGUGUGUCUGUGUGCGCGUCUGUGUGUGUGAGAGUGUGU